ACAACCUGAACACAUUGCCCUGCUCAGGUUUUUUUAGAUAAGAAAACGAAAAUGGCAGAUUCUUCAUCCACGGGACUCACCCUGUUCUCUCCUUACAAGAUGGGCAUGUUCAACCUCUCUCAUAGAGUGGUACUUGCGCCAAUGACGAGGUGUCGAGCGUUGAACGAACUUCCGCAGCCGGCGCUGGUGGAGUACUAUUCUCAGAGGGCAACCCCCGGUGGCUUUCUAAUCACUGAAGGCACUUCGCCGUCCGACCAAAGCGCCGGGUUUCCACAUGUUCCUGGGAUUUACACCGAUGAACAAGUUGAGGCAUGGAAGAAGGUGGUCGAUGCUGUUCACGCCAAAGGUGCCAUCAUUUUCUGUCAACUUUGGCAUGUAGGUCGUGCUUCUCAUCAAGUUCUUCAACGAGGUGGGGGGUCACCAAUUUCUUCAACCAGCAAUGCCAUCUCAAAGAGGUGGAAAGUUCUGUUGCCUGAUGGGUCUCAUGACGCUUACCCUGAACCUCGACGACUCGAGACCCAUGAAAUACCCCAGAUUGUUGAGCAGUACCGUCAGGCUGCCCUAAAUGCCAUUCGAGCAGGUUUUGAUGGAAUUGAGAUCCAUUCGGCACAUGGUUACCUAAUCGAUCAAUUCUUGAAAGAUGGGAUAAACGAUCGAACUGAUGAGUACGGUGGCUCACUUGCAAACCGAUGCAAGUUCUUGAUCCAAACUGUUGAAGCAGUAGUUGAAGCCAUUGGUGCUGAUAGAGUUGCCGUCAGAAUCUCACCAGCUAUUGACCACCUUGACGCUACAGACUCCGACCCAAUUGGCCUAGGCUUGGCAGUGAUUGAAAGACUUAACAAGCUUCAACAGAACAUAGGCUCAAAGCUCGCUUAUCUUCAUGUUACUCAGCCUCGUUUCGCAGCUAAUGGCCUAGUAGAGUUUGAUCAAGACGAAGCUCGGUUUAUGAGGACUCUUAGAAACGCUUAUGAAGGUACAUUCAUGGCUAGUGGAGGGUUCAAUAGAGAGCUAGGAAUGGAAGCUGUGGCUUCCGGUGAUACCGAUUUGGUGUCGUAUGGACGACAGUUUAUCUCAAACCCUGACUUGGUGUUGAGGUUUAAGCUGAAUGCUCCAUUGAACAAGUAUAAUAGGGAGACUUUCUACACUCAUGAUCCUGUUGUUGGGUACACAGACUAUCCUUUUCUAGCUGAACAGUGAAAGUGUGAAGGAAGAUUAGCUCCCCUUAUGUUUUGAUGCUCUAGCUAGGAGACUAGGUGAAUGACUGAGUGUGAAUGUAUAAAACUAUAAAGAGAAUUGUAAUUGUCCUUUUGGAUAAAUAAAACUUUUUUUCAUAGAGAUUG